CUUCUCUGUUCACUAUUCCUGCCCAACAUCAAAAAGAUGUCGCCCAAAGGCUUUGGUAAGAGGCUGGGCUUCGAGAGAUCAAACACCGAGAAGGACCCCGUCACUGUUAGCGAAAAAACGAAUGAUUCCCAUGGAGAAACAUCCAGCAACAAUGCAUCGGACAUUCGCGACAUCAGCGAAGCAGAGGCAAACCAACGCCUAAAGGCUUUCCGUCAGGAACACAAAUGGGACCCUAACCUGCCAGACGAGGCGGUUGACAUGAUCGAUGCCGCCACUGAGACCCACAACCAAAACGGCGAGUCGAAGCUCGUUGGAGAAGUGAUCGAGAACUCACCAUAUCCUGAAGUCCGUGCUGUCGUUCGGAACUACGAUGAAGACGUUCCUGCCAGCACCAUUCGCUCAUGGGUCAUUGGUCUCCUUAUGACCACCAUCUGCUCAUCAGUCAACGCGCUCUUCUUGCUGCGUUAUCCCCUUAUCAGCAUUGGCCCCUACGUUGUACUGUUGAUCGCAUAUCCGAUCGGUAUCUUCUUCGCCAGAGUCCUUCCCAACAAGGAAUUUAGCAUCUUCGGACUUAAAGGAAAUCUCAACCCAGGACCUUUCAAUGUCAAGGAGCACGUCAUAAUCGUCGCAAUGGCCAAUGCUGCCUUUGGUGGUGGCGCUGGAUACUUUGUCGACACCGUUGUCUCACUCCGCAAGUUCUACAAAUUCGACACGAGCCAGUUCGGAUGGGGCUUCAACACGCUUUUUGCUCUGUCCACCCAAUGUCUUGGGUUUGGUCUAGCAGGUUCCGUCCGAAAGUUUCUUGUUGAACCUGCUUCCAUGAUUUGGCCUGGCGCGCUCGUUAAUGUCGGUUUCUUGUAUGCUCUCCAUGACCACGGGCCGACUGACCCUACGACCACCCAUGGUUGGUCCAUCUCGCGGUACCGAAUGUUCAUGUACGUCAUGAUCGGUAUGUUCAUCUGGUCUUGGCUCCCAGACUUGAUCAUUCCUGCAUUCAGCUACUUUGCUUGGGUCACUUGGGCUAAGCCCAAUAAUGUUGUUGUCAACCAACUCUUUGGACAAAGCACUGGUCUUGCACUCGGCUUCCCAUUUACCGGGUUUACUCUCGAUUGGGCACAAAUCAACUCCUUCUUUAACAGCCCGCUACUUAGUCCAUGGUAUGCACACGUAAAUACUUUAAUUGGGGUUGUUCUCUUUGUCUGGAUCAUCAUCCCAGCAUUGAGCUUUAGCAACACUUGGUAUGGUGAUUACGUGUCAAUCUCGCAAAACAGCAUUCUGGACAACACUAGCAAAAUCUACAACACCUCCAGGAUUCUCAAUCCUGAUCACACUGUCGACCCUACCAAAUAUGAGGCAUACUCACCUCUAUUCUUGUCUCCUACUAAUGCACUCAACUACGGACUGAACUUUGCUAGUAUCGCUGCACUAGUCAGCCACACCUACCUCUUCCACGGUUCCGAAAUCUGGCGCCGCUGGAGGUCCACAUCUGGUGAACUGGAUGAUAUUCAUAUGAAGAUUAUGCGAAAGUACAAGACAGUACCCACAUGGUGGUACCUUGCACUGCUCGCUGUUAUGACUGCCUUUGCCUUUGUAUCCGCUCUCGCUUACCCUACUGGCAUGAAAUGGUACUCUGUCAUCCUAUCUCUCGUGAUUGCGACCGUAUGGACCAUUCCCAUAGGCAUCAUCCAAGCCUUCACCAACAUCCAAAUGGGUCUCAAUGUCUUCACUGAGUUCAUCAUCGGAUACGUACAACCAGGCCACCCCAUCGCCAUGAUGAUGUUCAAGACAUUCGGUUACAUCGUCAUGACUCAGGCACUAUACUUCUGCCAGGAUCUCAAGAUAGGCCACUAUAUGCAUGUUCCCCAGCGCUCGCUGUUCGCCGCGCAGUUUGUCGCUACCAUCUGGUCUUGUCUGUGCCAACUCGCCACCAUCGAAUGGGCUCUGGGCGCGAUCAAGAAUGUUUGCACCCCAUUGGCAUCCGGAUCAUUCACAUGUGCCUACAUCAAGACCUUCUACAACGCUAGUGUCAUCUGGGGUGCUGUCGGUCCCAAGCACUUGUUCUCCGGAGACUCGACUUACAAGGACCUCCAAUGGAUGUGGCUCGUGGGCUUUGGUACUCCAUUCUUGGUCUAUGGUGCUUCCCGCAUGUUCCCUAAGGUCAGCUUCAUUCGCAAAAUCAGUCCGCCACUCAUCUUUGCCUCCCUGUCUUACGUACCUCCAUACACACCCAUGAAUGUCCUUUCGUGGGUUCUCAUCGGCUACAUAUUCAACAAGUUCAUCCGUGACAGGUACCGUAGUUGGUGGAUGCAGUACAACUACGUCACUUCGGCUGGUAUGGAUGUCGGUCUUGCCAUCUGCGCCAUUUUCAUUUUCUUCUGCGUUCAGCUUCCCGGUGCCGCAAUGCCCGACUACUGGGGCACCACUAUCGUCAGUAAAACGCUUGACGGAGCCGGAGCAGCCGUCCGCAAGGUCCUUCCUGAUGGCGAGUACUUUGGUCCCAGGAAAGGAGAAUGGAAAUGGUAGGACUUGGACGCUGAGGUAUUUUAUAUAAUGAUAUCCACGUAUGAUGAAUCAGAUUUCCUAAAGUGAU